AGUAAAUGUUUGUUAAGUCGUGAACGACGAAUGAGCGAGCGAACAUAGUGCAAAAAGUUAUAAGAAAAGAAAAAAUAAAGAAGUUAAUAAUAUAACAAUUUAGAGUAUCAGAAAAUUUCACAGUGAUACAAGUGAAAAUUUGAAUUGGUAAAGUGAGUGCGUGUGUUUGUGUGUGUGCGACCGACCGAUCAAUCAACCAAGUUAAAAGGAAGAAAAAUCUUCCAAUAAGAAAAGGAAACGAAGGGUCAUAUAAAAAAUUACUGUUAGGAGUUAGAAAAGAAAAAUAAGACUAACUCCAAAAAUAGCUAAAGAAACGACGAAACGAAAAAGUUAAAAUUAAACCCAUAAAAUAUUGCAUGAAAUAAAAAAAUAAUCCCAGUAAUGGGAAAAGAAGCAAUAACAUUAACGGGAGUAUGAAUGUAAAUUAAAUCGAUAAAAAAGACGUAAGACGAAGUGAACGAGAAAUACAAGAAGAAAAAAAAAUGUAAAAGUGUUAACAGCUAAACAGAACGGAAAAUUCUCAAACAUCAUACAACAGUAACAAAAACAUACACACACACAGGCAGGCAGGAGCCAUUAGCCAUCAGAGCACAGCACAGUUUAGCGCUCAACACAUCAGUAGUGGCAGCAGAAGCAGCAGCAGCAGCAGGCAAGUGGGAAUUAAGGAAUAUCUAAUAAGCUUGCUCGCGUAAAGUGAUUUCUAACAAACUACAAUACUGUCGUUCGCGACGGACGAAACAAAAGAAUCAGCCAGCGCAAAGACGUGGAGUGAGCAAAAGAGAGCGCGUAAAUAUAGCCAGAGGGGCAAGCAGGGCCAGUGAAAGGGCACACACACACGGUCAAAAUGCCGUUGUUUGGCAAAAAGGAUUCGGCCAAAAAGACCAAGUCAAAGGAUUUUUGCAAAGAACUCAAUAAAACUAUACCCAUAGAGGAUAAAUACAAUCUCCAUGGUCUACUGGGUACGGGAGCCUUCUCAGAGGUGCGGCUAGCCGAGAGCAAGGAUAAUCCGGGCCAACAUUUUGCCGUCAAGAUAAUCGAUAAGAAGGCUUUGAAGGGCAAAGAGGAGUCAUUGGAGAAUGAAAUCCGAGUGCUGAGGCGCUUCAGUGCCAAUCAUCACAACAAUGACACAGCGGCCGAGUCCCGAACAGGUGAACGCUUGACCCAUCCCAAUAUUGUGCAAUUGUACGAGACCUAUGAAGAUAAAUCAAAAAUCUAUUUGGUUAUGGAAUUGGUAACAGGCGGCGAGCUAUUCGAUCGCAUUGUCGAGAAGGGCUCCUACACAGAGAAAGAUGCCUCCGAUUUGAUUCGACAGAUCCUCGAGGCCGUCGACUACAUGCAUGAGCAGGGUGUAGUACAUCGAGAUUUAAAGCCGGAAAAUUUACUCUUCUACAGCCCCGAUGAUGACAGCAAGAUAAUGAUAAGUGAUUUUGGCCUUUCGAAAAUGGAAGAUUCGGGCAUAAUGGCAACCGCCUGUGGCACACCAGGAUAUGUGGCGCCUGAGGUCUUGGCACAGCGACCCUAUGGCAAGGCCGUGGAUAUUUGGAGUAUAGGUGUCAUUUCGUACAUCCUCUUGUGCGGCUAUCCUCCAUUCUAUGAUGAGAACGAUGCCAAUCUCUUUGCCCAGAUACUUAAGGGUGAAUUUGAAUUUGACUCACCCUAUUGGGAUGACAUCAGCGAUUCCGCCAAAGAUUUCAUACGUCAUCUCAUGUGUGUGUCGGUCGAAAAGCGUUUCACCUGCAAGCAAGCCCUGGCUCAUCCCUGGAUUUCGGGCAAUGCCGCUGGCAACAAGAAUAUCCAUGCAACGGUUUCAGAACAGCUCAAGAAGAACUUUGCCAAAUCACGAUGGAAGCAAGCCUAUCUGGCAGCCACAGUCAUACGGCAAAUGCAGCGUAUGGCUUUGAACAGCAGUAACGAAAGUAAAUCAAAUUUACUUAAGGACACCAAAUUGUCGCAAGACAGUUUGGCAGUUGGCAGCACAGCGGUGAGUGGCGGCAGCGGCAGUGGCAGUGAUGUCGAAAUGUCCCACAAUGCCAGCAGUUCGGGGAAUCUUUUAGGCAAGACGCCACCACCCAGCAACACCUUGUCAUCGAAUGCAGAGUUUCAAAACCAAAGAAUCUCAUCGUCAACGUCGUCGUCGUCCUCAAAUGCAGCCGCCAUCUCCUGCCAUAAUGGCAGUAAACAAUCAAACAAGUAAAUAUACCUACCAGCAAACAGAAACAGAAACAAAAAAACAAAAAACGCAAAAACUUCUUAAGCCGAUAAAACUGCAGCACAUUUAAGCAACAAUUUAAGUAAGCAAAAAAGGUGAUGUCAACAAAAUAUUAUUACUUACAUACAUACAUACAACUACAUUUAAUAUAUACAACAACUUACAACAUACACGCAUACUUACAUAUAUACAAUACAUACUAUAACUACUAUUAUGAUUAUGAUUAUAAUUACUAUUAUUAUAAUUUAGGAUUGAAUGAAAAAUAAGUCAAAUCGAAUCAGUAACUGCAC